AUGUGGAAGUUUCAUAUCUUGUUAGCCGUGUGCCUCUUCACAGCUGAAGCAUUUCCAAAACACGGAAGGAUAGUAGGAGGGUCAUCAACUGACAUCAGCCAGUACCCAUUUGGCGCCGCACUCUUGAUAACAUGGAAUAACGUAAAUUUCCAACAGGCCUGCGGUGGCACAAUCAUAAACAACAGAUCCAUUCUUUCUGCAGCAUACUGUUGGGUAAACACCCCGCUUGCUGCCCGAUUUGUUAUCCGAGUUGGCUCUACCUAUGCGAAUAGCGGCGGUGAUGUCCACGAUGUGCAACAAUUCAUCACCCACCCGGACUAUUUCUUGAACUGGUGGGAUAUACGGAGCGAUAUAGGUAUUGUUCGACUAGCGACAGCCAUUGUCUUUGGAGAGAAUAUAAAAACGGGCUCAAUUGCUGGAGCUAACUACCACAUCGCCGAUAACACCUACGUAACGGCGAUCGGAUGGGGUCUAACUUCUCAUGGUGGAAGUCCGUCUGAAGAUCUACAACAUAUUCAGCUUAGAAUAAUUAACCAGUUGGAUUGCCAGCGCGCCUUUUCUGCAGGGAAUGCAAACGCCAGGACAAUUUGUGCCGGCUGGCAUGUCAAUGGCAAAGGCAAAUGCAUUGGUGAUUCUGGUGGACCCCUUAUCCACAACGGUGUAGUCGUGGGCGUGUUUUCGUUCCUCGGUUCCAUCUGUGCUGACGCACGUUGGCCUAAUGUAUAUGCGAGAAUUUCUAGCUACAUUGACUGGAUUCGGACCAAUGCUUAA